AACCCAUAUGGGGAAGGCAGAGGAGCUCCGGAGGGCUACAAGUGCCUGCUUGGGUUAUUGAAGGACUUCCAGCAAACGGCGGAGGACAGGAAAGCUCCAAGACUCCAAGACAUUGGGAGGGGGAGGAAUAAGAAGAAGAAGAGAUUCCAGGAGGAUGUCUUAGAUAUGAGGCUGCUUGGGAACAUCUGAAUAGCUCCCAUGGAGCUCCACCACCUUGCUAAGAAGAGAGGGCAGGCGGACCAGUGCAACAAUCUGGACUGGAGUUUGGGGGCUCCUUCCUGUGACCACCGGCAGGUUAGAGGAGAUGUAAAGUUGGCUGAAGUAGCAACCAGAGCUGCUCUCUGCUGCCAGAAGCACUGCAAAUCAACACAAAGACUUAUAGAGGACAAUGAGACCUGCCUCCCUCCUACCAUUGACUUCCUCCCUCAGAAAGAUAGCAUUGUUCAGACAGAUGGCCACCCAUCAGGAUCUCUCAAGUCAGAAAAGGAGCUAAUAACCACCGAAGAGAAGGCCUGCCACUGCUACGCCCAGGAACUUGAAACCUCCUUCACCUAUGUCGAUGAAAAUGUCAACCUGGAGCAUCAUAGCAACAGCCUUUCUCCAGCAAAGGAUGGCAACCAUCAAAGAGAUCCUGGCUGGGAGAACCCAAAUGAAUGGCCCCAUGAGGCUUCCAUGUCCCUUAUAUCUGAAGAAGAUGAUACAGGCUCUGAGGCCACUGCCUCGGGAAAGUCAACAGACUACGGCUUCAUCAGUGCCAUUUUGUUCUUGGUCACUGGUAUCUUGUUGGUGAUCAUUUCCUAUUUGGUCCCCAGGGAAGUGACUGUGGACCCCAACACCAUCGCAGCCCGGGAAAUGGAACGCUUGGAGAACGAGAGUGCCAGGAUUGGGGCUCACCUGGAUCGCUGUGUGAUAGCGGGCCUCUGCCUCCUGACUCUGGGUGGUGUGGUUCUGUCCUGCUUAUUGAUGAUGUCCAUGUGGAAGGGGGAGCUAUACAGGAGGAAUAGGUUCGCCUCUUCCAAAGAGUCUGCAAAACUCUAUGGUUCUUUCAAUUUCAGGAUGAAAGCUGGCACCAGUGAUAACGCACCAGAAUUGUCCUUAGUGGAAGAAGAUGUCCUCACUGCAGACAGUUAAUUGUGGCUGUGCAUUUCCUCUUUUAAAAAUGGCACAGAAGAGAUUCCUAUUACAUUGAACAACAUGAAGUAAGUGAUGGUCCACAGGUUGAGUGUCUGCCCUAGAAUUCCCUCAGAAAAAAAAAAAUCAAAACAAAAACCAAGCACCAUUUAUUAAAUACUGCUUAACACGUAAUGGGGAUUAUUUGCCUGACAAGACAAGCUUAUUUCUUAACCAAUACCCACUGAGUAUUUUCUUUGUGGAAAUGUGUUUUUCCAAAUGGGGGGGGUCAAUUAAAGAAACCCAGCUUUAUCAUUUAAAACAUUGAUAUGCAAAUUGAACAGUAAUGAACUAGUGAUGAGCAUCUAUUUCUACUUUCACUAUUGUAAGAUGAAACAUUUCAAAAAAAAAGAUUAUUACAUUUUUAUUUCCCUAAUAGUGAAUACUAUUGUUAUAUCCCUCAGGAUGCUUAUCUUCACUGCUUAUAUAUGUAGAUGAUUAAUAAUUUGCUCCAUAAUAAAGAUGAUGAGAAAUAACCAAGUAGAGAACAGUACAGUGCAAUGGACCAAAAAUUGUACUUGGAGUCUUGAAAUCCUGGGUUCAAAUCUUACCUUUGACACAAAGCUAUGUGACCCUGGGCAAAUCUCUCAAGCUCUCAGCUUCAGUUUCCUCAUCUGUAAAUCAGAGAUAAUAA